CCGGCCUCUAAUGCCCUUGAAGGGUAAAACUCGUAUACAGAACUAGCGAAUUAUGUACUUAUGCGGAUUCUCUGUUGAUGUCAGCAGCUGAGAGAUUUUGGGGAAGACGAGAAAAAGAAAAUGGGGAAACGUACUUAUGUACGAUCGCCAUUUAGCAUUCAAUAGUAUACUGAGUAGCAUGCUACACUGCACUACACUGACCUCAGCUUGGAAGCAGUGCAGACGACCUGAUCUGGCUUGUGCAGUCAAUGCAUCGCACCAUGAAUUUUGUGUAUUGCUAGAAGCUUGCUUUCAUAGUAACAGAACUCAGGCAGUUUGGUAUUACCGGGGUCUUCGGCGGUGUAAUUACCCCACCGGGCUACCGCAUGUUAGACUCACUAUCAGGUAUUCGAUAUCAAUCCCUCGGCCAUCUUCUCCUGAAUCGAAAGGGUACGCUGUCCUUUUGGAGAAACACAAACACAUCUUCUGGCAUGCGUCGUGACGGGCAAGUAAUCAGAUUCUCUUGUCAUAGGCCUCUCAAUCCAUUUGAAAUUCUCGGGAAACGACCCAACUUUUGUAUAAUACCCCAUUGGUCGCAAGAGUAGGCGACCCGGACGCCUGGCC